UAAAGUGACGGGAAGCGAGGAAUGAACAGGAACAUGAGAUUAUUUUCUGUUCUUGUGGUGUUUUCGGUGUUUCUGUGGUCGACGACAAUGGCGGAGAAAGGCGUUUCAGAAGCAGGAGGAGCAGGGGACUCUUCGUCGAAGGGUGCAGCAGUUCAUAUUGUCUACACCGAGCAGCCCGAGGGAGAAGAGCCCGAGGCUUUCCACCUCAAAACCCUUUCUUCCGUUCUCGGCAGCGAGGAGGCAGCGAAGGAAUCUCUGAUUUACAGUUACAAGACCGCUGCAAGUGGGUUUUCCGCUAAGCUCACCCCGGAACAGGUCGCCGAGAUCUCAAAGCAACCAGGUGUUCUCCAGGUGGUGCCAAGUAGGACAUACCAGCUUCAUUCGGGACCUGGUAAGCUACAUGUUUAGUUCAAUCCGGGGUCUUCGUACUGGCAGUUAUAUCAUAAACUUGCAUGUAUAGUUAAUCAUGCGGCUAGUCAUGGUGUAAUCCGAACUCCUUAGUAAGGUUUCAUAACUGAAUAAAUGCUUAUAAUGGGCAUCAUAAUAAGUGGUUGAUCAUGAAAAGAGUUAAUAGUAUA